AUGGUCAAAUCAACUCUUUUGACGGCUAUUCCCCUGCUCAUGCUCGCCGAGCAAGCCCUUGGAUUCGGCUGUUCAACGCACAGCUACACAACAUGCGAAGAUAAAAUAGUACACUGGUUCGAUCCCGACGACGGCAUGAUUUGCGAUCCCCUCGACUGCGGCGGCGGUCGAGCACCUCCCAAGACUGGCGUGCCUGGAUGUGCCGGAUAUACCGGCACCGAAACCAUCGGAACCUCGUAUCUCUCGUGCUGGAAACCUUCGACUACGCUUGUUGCUGCAGCUGCGGAGACGACAUCGGAAACGACUGUGACGGAAACUGCUGAGCCUAGUACUGUGAUCAAGGUGGAGACGAGGACUACGACGAGGCAUUUCGUAUCUGAAUCGGCGGAACCGCUUGAAUCAAUUAGAGUCACUGCGACGGCCGGAUCGACUACCGUGGCUCCUGUACUGCCAUCGCAAAGUAAAUCGACCCAAGCUGCUUCUGCUUCUACGCCUACUGCUGCAGCUACUACAGCUGCGCCAAAUGCGGCUCGAGUUAUGGAGGGUUCUAUUGUUGCCGUCGCUGGCGUGGCGCUUGGAGCAAUUGUCCUCCUGUGA